UCUCUCUUUAUCACCAUCAUCACCUCCUCCUCCUCCUCCUCCUCCUCCUCCUUGUUCCUCUCGAUUUGGACAAAAUUCAGUUUUCCAUCAUCAUCAUCAUCAUCUCUCUCUCUCUCUCUGCGGCUUGAACAUUUCCACUCGCAGAUCCGCCUUUGCAGUGCUCUGUUCAAACAAGUAACAACCAGCUCUCGCCCAGCUCUCUCUCUCUCUCUCUCUCUCUCUCUGUCUCUACUUCCAACACUUCACUCUUCAGUUAUGGCCUCCAUCUUCUUCGCCUCCCUCGCUACGUAACUGCUUCCCACACAACACUUCUCCGCUCGCGACUCAUGCCGCCGAAUUGAUCGGAACCGGGGGAUGCGCCGCCGGCGGGACCGCCAUUGCUCCUCCUGCACCGGAGCUUGCCGACACUAGGGAGAUCUCUCUCUCUCUCUUGCUCUCGCUCUCUCUCUCAUGGGGGAAAGUAACCGCCGCGGCGAGCUUGUCCCCCUCCUCGCCGCCGCCGCCGCCCUGUCUCUCGUCGCGGCGGUUUCCGGCGUCACGGACGCGGGCGACCUCGCGAUCCUGAAGAAGUUCCGGGACGGGCUCAGCAACCCGGAGCUGCUCCAGUGGCCGGCGGGGGGCGGCGGCGACGACGACCCGUGCGGCUCCAAGUGGAAGCACGUGUUCUGCGCCGGCACCAGGGUGUCCCAGAUUCAGGUCCAGGGCGUCGGCCUCGAGGGCCCUCUGCCUCCUAAUCUCAACCAGCUCACCUCGCUCUCGAACUUGGGCCUCCAGAACAACAAAUUCAGCGGAGCGCUUCCUUCGCUGAGCGGGCUCUCGAAUCUGCGGUACGCGUACCUGGAUUUCAACAAGUUCGACUCCAUUCCUUCGGAUUUCUUCGUCGGCCUCGAUAGCUUGCAGGUUUUGGCAUUGGACGGAAACCAUUUAAACGGCAGCACGGGGUGGAUGUUCCCGAAGGAGUUGCAGAACUCGGCGCAGCUGAUGAAUCUCACCUGCAUCGAGUGCAAUUUGGUCGGUCCGGUGCCGGAUUUUCUCGGAAGCAUGGCUUCUCUGCAAGUGUUGAAGUUAUCAGGUAACAGCUUGACGGGUGGGAUUCCUCCGAGUUUUGCUAACUCCAGUUUGCAGAUUCUGUGGUUGAAUAAUCAAGGUGGUGGUGGAAUGAGCGGACCUAUGGAUGUGGUGACUUCUAUGGUCUCUCUGGCGAGUCUGUGGCUUCAUGGGAAUAGCUUCUCGGGAUCGAUCCCUGGGAACAUCGGGGACUUGGUUUCUCUGAAGAGGCUCAAUCUUAAUGGUAAUAAACUCGCCGGCUUGAUUCCUGAUAGCUUGAUAGGCAUGGAUUUGGAUGAGCUAGAUCUGAAUAAUAAUAACUUCAUGGGUCCGACACCCAAGUUUAAGUCGCCUAAUGCGACUUGCGCUUCUAAUGCGUUUUGUUUGCCCACACCCGGAGCACCUUGCGCGCCGGAAGUUAUGGCUCUCAUAGACUUUCUUAGUGCGUUGAAUUACCCUGCGAGGCUUCUUUCGUCGUGGGUGGGUAAUGAUCCUUGCCAAGGACCGUGGUUCGGGCUGAGUUGCACUAACAGAAAGGUUGCCAUGAUCAAUUUGCCCAAGAACAAUCUUAAUGGCACAUUAAGUCCGUCAGUUGCGAAUUUGGAUGCUCUCGCUCAGGUGAGACUGGGGUCGAACAAUCUGGGGGGUUCAAUCCCCGGUAACUGGACUAGUUUGAAAGGUCUGACGUAUUUGGAUCUAAGUGACAACAACAUUUCGCCUCCGAUACCAGCGUUCGGUAACUUCGUGAAGCUUCUAAUUGAUGGGAAUCCUCUGGUAAAAGGUACCACCCCUUCUGCAGAGGCGAGCCCUCCAUCUGGGGAUACGAAGUCCCCUGGCGGAACUUCAGAUUCCCCAACCAAAGGCUCAACUCCUGAUUCUGGUAAUGUUCCUAAUACUGUUAUCUCCAAAAAGCCGAAAAAUUUGAAGUCUAUUUUGGCAGUGAUUGUCGCCCCUAUUGCCAGUGUGGCAGCUCUCAUAUUCCUGGCUGUUCCUCUGUACUUCUAUUGUAAGAAGAGGAGAGAAACAUCCCAAGCUCCAAGUUCCCUAGUGGUUUAUCCGAGAGAUCCCUCUGAUCCAGAUAAUAUCGUGAAGAUUGCAGUUGCUAGUAACACCUAUGGCAGCACCUCACUUACGGGGAGUGGCUCUGCUAGCAGAAAUAGCAGUGGAUUUGGUGAGUCUCAUGUAAUUGAAGCGGGGAAUCUCAUAAUAUCAGUUCAAGUCCUUCGAAAUGUGACGAAAAAUUUUGCACGGGAAAAUGAGCUUGGUCGCGGUGGCUUUGGGGUAGUUUAUAAGGGGGAGUUAGAUGAUGGAACAAAGAUUGCGGUGAAAAGAAUGGAGGCAGGUGUAAUUAGCAACAAAGCAAUAGACGAAUUUCAGGCUGAAAUCGCAGUCCUUUCAAAAGUUAGGCAUCGUCACUUGGUAUCCCUUCUAGGCUAUUCUGUAGAAGGAAAUGAAAGAAUACUGGUGUAUGAGUACAUGCCUCAAGGGGCCCUCAGCAAGCAUCUCUUCCAUUGGAAGAACUUCAAGUUGGAGCCUCUUACCUGGAAGAGGAGGUUAAAUAUUGCUCUGGAUGUUGCCAGGGGAAUGGAGUAUCUUCAUAAUCUAGCUCAUCAGAGCUUCAUACACAGAGAUCUUAAAUCGUCGAAUAUUUUGCUAGGGGAUGAUUAUAGAGCCAAGGUCUCAGAUUUUGGACUAGUAAAGCUUGCUCCGGACGGAGAGAAGUCUGUGGUAACAAGGCUUGCCGGGACCUUUGGCUAUCUAGCUCCAGAAUAUGCUGUCACAGGGAAAAUUACUACUAAAGCUGAUGUCUUCAGUUUUGGAGUUGUUUUAAUGGAACUAUUGACGGGAUUGAUGGCGCUUGAUGAAGAAAGACCUGAGGAAAGCCAAUACCUCGUGGGUUAUUUCUGGCAUAUAAAAUCAGAUAAAGAAAAGUUAAUGGCUGCUAUUGACCCAACUUUGGACAAAAAGGAGGAGACAUACGAGAGUAUCUCCACCAUUGCUGAAUUAGCUGGGCACUGCACUGCAAGGGAGCCAAACCAAAGGCCGGAUAUGGGCCAUGCUGUGAAUGUACUGGCUCCACUUGUUGAGAAAUGGAAACCAUUUGAUGACGACUACGAAGAAUACUCUGGCAUUGACUACAGCCUUCCGCUGAAUCAGAUGGUUAAGGACUGGCAGGAAGCAGAAAGCAAGGACUUGAGUUACAUGGACUUAGAAGACAGUAAGGGAAGUAUACCCACAAGACCAACAGGAUUUGCGGACUCUUUCACUUCUGCCGAUGCUCGGUAAAAAGAUCGAUUUGGUUGCCUUUCUUAAGCAUGCUCCUUUUCGUAGUGGUAUAUAGCACGAUGGGAUUGGCGGCUUACUUAUUGAGAACUCACUGUUGAUAUCAUGAUUAGAUUUUACUUCUUUAUCAUGAUCAAGUUGGGUUUCCAAAUUCUUAGGAUAUCUUGUUCAGCCUUCAAGUAUUUGAGUUUUGACCAUGAUAUCUCCAGGAAAUUGGUGAUGUUGUAGAUAGAUAUGGAUCAUUGUUGAAGAUGAUGCUUAUCAUUCCUUA